GACCAUGUCAGACAAAGAUUACGACGAGCUUCACUCCGAUCUUGACGAGGAAGUUGACGAGGAUGCAUUCCAUAUUGGUGCACGGCUUGAUCCCCCGCAAGCACGACUGUAUUCCACUCAAGAGUUACACACUUUGAUCCAUGAAGGUGUUAUUGACCUAAAUCCCCCUUAUCAACGAGAUGUUGUGUGGACCGAGCCAAAGCAGAUGAAGCUACUGGAUUCCAUAUACCGCAAUUUCUAUGUCCCCCCUGUGGUAUUCGCUGUAUGGUAUGAGGAUGGAGAGGAGAUACGAAGAUGUGUGGAUGGGAAGCAGCGGUUGACGUCUAUUCAGAAGUUCUUCGACGGGCAGAUUCCUUACAGAGACCCGGUAACAAAGAAGACCUACUGGUACUCUCGCGCCGAAUCGCACAAAGCGAGCAGGCUCGAGGUACCUCCCGUCUGGAAAAAUGAUUUUGCUUCUAAACAGAUAACCUGUGUGGAAUAUCGGAACCUCCCCAGAGGCUUUGAGCGAGACAUAUUCCAGCGGGUACAACUCGGGAUGCCCCUUACCGCUGCCGAAAAACUGCAAGCUAUCGCGUCGCCAUGGGCUGAUUGGAUCUCCCUCAUGGACACCCGUUUCGUUAGCAGUGACAAUGGCCUAACAACUAUUAUAGACGUGGAUAUGAAGCGCGGCCGAGAUUUCCAGUCACUAGCGCAGCUCGUGUACUGCUGCGACAAUUACCCCGAGCACAGCAUCCCGACUGCACCAAAGAUGGAGCAAUGGGUUGCGCGUGCAGAGCAUCCGCCGCAUGCCUUCAAGACUGCGAUAAACGAUGUCCUGACGUCUUUCUGGCACAUAGCGAGCGAUCGCUCACUAAACGCUGCCUUCACCAAAAUCCAAAAACGAGUCGCUCCGAUCGAGUUUGUUUUCAUCGGUGUGGUCCUCUUCGUCACACGCGAUUGUCUGGUCGAGUGGCGCGCCAAUGAGAUUCACAAUAUGCGAGUCUAUGUCCGGAAAAAGUUCGCCGAUGUGCGCUCGCGAGGUGAUGUCAUAAGGUAUCUCUGGGGUUUCGUUGAUUCCGUUGUCGAGCAUUUGGAGGACCAAAACUCGUCUGGAAGAGGCGGAGAUGGAAAGAAGAGGAAGGGAGAUGGUUAUGACACUUCUAAACAGGUCGGCAAGCGGACGAAGAGGGGCACGCGAUGAUUUUCGUCCCACUUCGUGAGUUUAGCACGCAUACCUGUAUUUGCAUAACCUAGUGAAUAGCUUGUCUCAUGAACGGCAUCUUAGCGUAUAGUAUCUUUAGUAUGACAGUGUAGUCUAUCCAUUGUAUUUUGCGCGUGCCGUAUACCAUAUCCCUUCAGUGUU